AUGUCCAUUAUAUUUGAAAGGAAGGACGUGGAUUCUUUUCCAAAUAUUUAUGGCGAAGAAACUGUGAGAGCUGGAGAUAAUUUUGAGAAACCAUGCAGUGGGCCUUCACCGCUGGAGUGGAGUUAUCAAAAACCAGGAAGUAAGAAGCCGAGAACGGUGGGCCGUAUUCAGCUUCGUUUAAAUGGCGAUCAGUUGGUUCUUACCCUCAAUAAUGUGGACCGGAAAAAUGUUGGAAAGUAUACAUGUAUUAAUAAAGAGACAGGCAUCAUCUACUAUUCUUUUUACCUGUUUGUUAACGUUCUUGACAAUCCAUUCUACGAAAUUCCAAAAUUCUUUGAUGUAAUAGAGGGCCAGGAUGCCUCUGGUUUCUGUCCUCUGGCUGAUUCGAAUGUCACUGAAUAUGCUAUUAGAAAGUGCGAUCAUUCUAGCCUACCUAAAGGCUUUGUCUAUGAGAAGGGUGAUGGGAAUGGCAUCACCAUAAAAAAUGUGCAGAUUGAUUUUAAUGGUUGCUAUGUCUGCACGGUAAAACAUAAUGGCAUAUUGAAGAAUACCAGCAACGUGAAACUGAUGGUCAUACCGGUUCAAAAACAAGUACCCUCAAUUACUUUAACAAAAUCCAAGCUACUUGUCAAGACCGGGGAGCCGUUUCAGGUUACCUGCGUGGCAAGGGAUGUUAAUACCAUAGAGGUCCGUUGGAUCAAUGCCCCGUCCAUGAUUACCACUGAAAAGAGCCAGUUUAUUUCCGCUGCCAAUUUUGAACGCAACAGCACUCUGAGCAGCCGAGCCGUUCAGUAUAAUGAAUCUGGUAUUUACACCUGUGAAGCCAAGAACAGCAUUGGUGUAGUGAAUGUCACGUUCACAUUGGAAGUUCUCGAAUUUGGAUACCUAAACCUUAACGUCACUGACAACACUACAGUUGAUUUAAAUGCUGGAGACAACAUCCAAUUGCAGGUUACUAUUUAUGCCUACCCCCCGCCUGAUGAAGAGUAUUGGACUUACAUGAACGAAACCCUUCUGAACACUUCAGACCACUUUGUAGAGUCACGAGAUACUGGCAAUAACAGGUAUGUUAGUAAGCUGAACCUAAUCCGACUGAAAGGCAAUGAGAAAGGAGUUUAUACUUUUUAUGCCUCCAAUUCGGAUGCCAACGCUUCAGUCAGCUUCAACAUAUUUGUCAAAACAAGACCAGAAAUCCUAAUUGCUGAGAGACUUAGCACUGGCGUACUGCAGUGCGUGGCGGCUGGCUUCCCUGUGCCCUCCAUUGAAUGGGUUUUCUGUCCAGGAUCUGAGCAGCGGUGUACAGAUUCUCCAAGAAUCACCCCCUCUGAUGUAAAGUUCAGCCAGGAAAAUUCAUCUAUGGGCCGUAUGGUGGUGGAAAGCACCCUAGAUGUAAGCGCCAUCAGGAAAAAUGGUACCGUCCAGUGUAUCGUAUACAAUGAUGUGGAACGCAUCUCGUCCAGCUUCAGCUUUGCAAUUAACGAAAAACUGAGUCCCCACACAUUGUUCACUCCAUUGUUAAUUGGCUUCAUAGUGGCUGCGGCAGUGAUGUGUGUUUUAAUGAUGAUUCUCAUGUACAAAUACAUGCAGAAACCAAAGUAUGAGAUACAGUGGAAGGUAGUGGAAGAAAUCAAUGGCAAUAAUUAUGUUUAUAUUGACCCAACACAACUUCCCUAUGACAACAAAUGGGAGUUCCCUAGAGACAGAUUGUGCUUUGGUAAGAUUCUGGGUGCUGGUGCUUUUGGUAAAGUGGUUGAAGCAACUGCCUACGGGCUCCAUAAGAAUGACAAUACACUGACCGUUGCUGUUAAAAUGCUAAAACCAAGUGCCCAUGCCACAGAGAGGGAAGCUCUUAUGUCGGAGCUGAAAGUACUGAGCUAUCUGGGUCAUCACAAAAACAUUGUGAAUCUGCUUGGCGCAUGCACUGUCGGAGGUCCAACUCUUGUCAUCACUGAAUAUUGCUGCUAUGGAGACCUUCUGAAUUACUUGAGAAGAAAGCGCGAUUCCUUCAUUUGCCCGAAAUUUGAGGAUCAUUCUGAAACAGCACUGUAUAAGAAUCUUCUCAAUUCACGGAACAAUGUCUGUGAUGGGAUGAGUGAAUACAUGGACAUGAAGCCAGGAGUACCUUACGUAGUGCCAACUAAACCCGACAAGAGGAAGUCAGGAUCCUACGUUGAUAAAGACAUCGCAAUGCCUGAAGAGGAUGAUUUAGCUCUAGAUACAGAUGAUCUGAUUAGCUUUUCAUAUCAAGUUGCACAGGGCAUGAACUUCCUGGCGGCUAAAAAUUGCAUUCACCGAGACCUUGCAGCAAGAAAUAUUCUCCUCACCCAUGGUCGAAUAACGAAAAUCUGCGACUUUGGCCUAGCCCGAGACAUCAAGAAUGACUCGAAUUAUGUGGUUAAAGGAAAUGCUCGGCUCCCCGUGAAGUGGAUGGCUCCUGAAAGUAUAUUUCAUUGCGUGUAUACUUUUGAAAGUGAUGUCUGGUCCUAUGGAAUACUUCUUUGGGAGAUCUUUUCUUUAGGAAGCAGCCCUUACCCUCACAUGCCGGUGGACUCCAAGUUCUACAAAAUGAUAAAGGAUGGUUACCGCAUGUUAAGCCCAGAAUGUUCACCAGCUGAGCUGUAUGAAAUCAUGAAGAGUUGCUGGAAUGCAGACCCAGUGAAGAGACCAACCUUUAAACAGAUUGUACAGAUGGUGGAACAGCAGAUGUCAGACAGCAAAGGACAUAAACAAACAUAUUCAAACACGUCUCCUGUGUGUCCGAAUCACACUCCGGUGGAUCACUCAGUGAGGAUCAAUUCUGUAGGAAGCAGCACUUCAUCCACUCAACCUUUACUAGCAAACAGGGAUUGCUGAACGACCGCUCGUGUCAACUCAAGCUGCUUGUGGACCCCUUAUGUUGCAUCAUCACACACACUCUUCUAUAUAUAGUGACACAGCUGUCCAACACCAGGAGGGUUGAAGAGGAGAAACAAUGUAGUUGCUGAGUCUGAAGCCAGAACACGCACUGCCAGGGGGGCCCAGACAUGUUA